AUGAGCUGCGAUGCUACCGAGGCGAAUUCAACAAAACAACAGAAGCCAGGUAGCGACAGCGUCGUUGUUGUCGACCGCUCUCACCCGAGCAGCAACCGUCGAGGCGAUAAUUCAUCUCUUCCAAUCAGUGUAAAUCAACCGGGUCUACCGCCAUCACAAAAUUCCACGGGAUCGGUCCAACAACCGCAAGUUCAGUCGCAGCAGCAAGGUGCAUUCCACCGUAACCAAAUUCGUAUAGAGCGUGAAUCAAUCGAAAAGGACGAAAAACGUCAACAAAUUCUACAGCAACCCUCCCAUCAAACGCCUCAUCAGAACCAAGCGACGGAUCAGACGAAUCGUCCGUCAGCGAACCGCUACCAACAUUUCACCAAAGGUCCAUCGCUGCGAACUCAAGUAACGUCGAAUUCCACCAGUGGCCCGUUGGCCGGCGUGAACAGUAACGGUGGGAGCGGCGCUUGCAGCACCGUCGACAAGAAUGUGCUCCGCGCAUCCGAUAAAGCCCCAGAAGAUCCGGCGGCUCCCCGCACGAAACGGCCCGCCCUCAUUGCGAAGGAUCUUGAUAUUCCCGCCAAAAGACGACGUCUAAUCGAAAUCAAGACGGCUAGUCUCAUCAGCAAUCGGGAAAAAUACUACGAACAGCUUAGCGAACUGUUUUUCCUUCAGAAUGGGGGUCAUUUCAUGGACUUGUUCAAUUGGCGUCGAAAACCCCCACCGGGUUUACUUCAAUACAUGCACACGAAACAGCUUGCUGGAACCGACGACUAUCUCGAUCGCGUCUACGGUCCCAAAGACCGGAACACGAACACUCCUCCAAGCGCUGCCUCACCAUCUUGUACAUUGUUAUCAUCAUCAUCAUCAACCCACUCCUCGGCAGCUGGCGCAACGAAUAUCUCUUCGCAGCUGCCGGGUUCCCCUUCGAUCAGACCUCCCCUUGCACCUCCUCCAGUUCCUCCUCAGGCAGCUUCAACACCUGCCGCGACUGCACCUGCGGGUUCUGUGUCCCCGGCUGCGGUGGCCUUGUCGGGCGCUUCCUCGAACACGUUGUCAGCGGCCAGUGCGCGAGCAGCAUUAGGAACGGCGUCGAGCGGUUCUGCAUCGGCCGAGUCCGGGAGGACGUCCCCACCGACCUUGUCGCGAAGCGAUGAGUUGGCGGAGAGGGCCAAGCAAGAGGCUCACGUCCUCCAGCGGGUUGGCACGCUGCGUAAGGCCGGCAUGUGGACGCAGCAACGAUUGCCGAAAGUGCAGGAGCCGUCCCGCGUUAAAACCCAGUGGGACUACUUGCUCGAAGAAAUGAAAUGGAUGAGCAACGACUUUGCACAAGAACGCAAAUCGAAGAAAGCAGCGGCUCGCAAGUGCGCGAAAAUGUGCCAGAAAUUCCACCAGGAGAAGGAGAUCCGCGCGCAGCGGGCCGAGCGCGACGAACAUCUCCGCAUCCGCAAACUUGCCGCCACCAUCGCUAAAGACGUCAAGGCGUUCUGGGCGAACGCCGAGAAACUGCUCGACUUCCGGAUCCAGUCGAAACUCGAUGCGACGCGUAAAGAAGCGCUCGAUCUACAGCUUAACCUCCUCGUCGACCGCACGGAAAAGUUCUCGCACCAGAUCCGAGACAAGCUCGCCGGAGGCGACACGCCGUCCGUUACAGACACGAUGUCGGACGUCCAGGACAUGGACAACGAUUUCGUGGAGUACACGUCGGAGGAAGACGACGAGGAGACCAUUGCCAAAGAGGAGAAACUGAACAAGAAAAUCGAUCACAAGCGAGAACUCAACGAACUCGAAGAAGACAACGGGCUUUCAGUCGAAGAACUUAUGGCCAAGUAUUAUUCCGAGCCUCAGUGUCCUAAACUCCGAAGCGGGACGUCUAGCAGUCUCGAGUCGAACGACGAAGACAUGGACGAAGACGACGAGGACGACAGCAGUGGUAGCGAUGACGACGAGGACGAGAACGGUGCGGGUGGCGAAGCGCUCUCGACCGGAGAGGACGACGCGCAGGACGACAAGAAAAAACUCAAAAGCCUCGUCGUCGAAGAAGACGACGACGCGACCCAAGAGGCCAGCAACAACAUGGAAGACGACGACGCUACCCAGGAGAACACUCCCCCGAACAAUCACGGCAGCAGCAGCGGCUCUGGCAGUGGCGGAGGCGGCGGCGACGACGACCUGAACGGCAUCACUGCCGUCGCGGAACGUUUCCAGCCGAAGGGUUUGGACCUGGCCACGGCGCAAGUCAUCACUCCCGUGCCGUUCCUGUUGAAGCACAGCCUUCGAGAGUACCAGCACGUCGGACUCGAUUGGCUGGUGGCGAUGUGCGAUCAGAAACUCAACGGAAUCCUCGCUGAUGAAAUGGGUCUGGGUAAAACGAUCCAAACCAUCGCUCUGCUGGCCCAUCUGGCAGUUGAGAAAGGAGUCUGGGGACCUCAUCUGGUCGUGGUGCCCACAUCGGUGAUGCUCAAUUGGGAGAUGGAAUUCAAGAAAUGGUGUCCCGGCUUCAAAAUUCUCACCUACUACGGAUCGAUGAAGGAGCGCAAACAGAAACGAAUCGGCUGGACGAAAAAGAACGCGUUCCACGUCUGUAUCACCUCGUACAAACUGGUGGUGCAGGACCAUUCGGCGUUCAGACGCAAGCAGUGGUACUACCUAAUUUUGGAUGAGGCGCAGAACAUAAAAAACUUCAAGAGCCAAAGAUGGCAGCUUCUAUUGAAUUUCCAAGCCGAACGAAGACUGUUACUGACAGGCACACCUUUACAAAAUACGUUGAUGGAACUGUGGUCGUUAAUGCACUUUCUGAUGCCGCAUUUAUUUGAAUCUCACAAAGAGUUUCGGGAGUGGUUCUCCAACCCACUGACUGGAAUGGUUGAGGGCUCAAGCGAAUACAACGAAGCCUUGGUUAAGCGACUUCACAGGGUACUGCGUCCGUUCCUGCUUCGACGAUUGAAGAGCGAAGUCGAACGUCAGAUGCCGCAGAAGUACGAGCACAUACUGAUGUGUCGGCUAUCGAAACGGCAGCGAUUUCUCUACGAUGAUUUCAUGUCGCAAGCCAAGACCAAAGAGACACUCGCUUCUGGUAAGCUCUUGAGUGUUUUGAACGUUCUGAUGCAGCUGCGGAAAGUCUGCAACCAUCCCGCACUGUUCGAGCCCAAUCCGGUAUCGUCGCCUUUCCGAAUGGAGCAAUUCGUGUAUCACGUGCCGUCGCUCGUGCUUCGCAUGGAGAAUCCUUUGAAAAGUCUCUUCUGUUCAUAUAAUCUACACCUUGCCGAUCUCGAACUCGUGCUGACAGCGUUCGCAGCACAUCGCAUCAAGAAGUUCCAAACAAGCCCUCAAUUCAUUGAGAGCGCCGAGAGCCAUCCGCAGCCCCCACCUCGAUGCCCCAGUGGCAAGAUCAGACUUCACAUUCGUACCGCAGGACCACCGUCGGCAACACAACAAGUGCCUAGACAAGCGGCCCUUGGACAAGCGGCGCCAAGCAGGGGCGUCGUCGGCGGUCACCUUAGGGGUGCUUCACCCCAAGGACCACCCCAACGUCUCGUUAUGUUAGGCCAGCGGCCGGAGGGAGCAGUUGGGAACCCCCCGCAGCAAGUGACAUUCCAGCUCGUGCAGAAAGCGCAAGCGGGUCAGGCAGCAGGUCAGCCUCACCCCCCCGUGACUCUGCACGUGCAGCAAACGGGAGUGUCGCGCUCAACCUCAGCGGCCCUCCAGCGUUUGGUUCAAGCUUCGACUGGGCAACACAUACUGUUCACUACGGCCGCUCCUCAACCAACGAACCAGGCAGGCAGUUCCCAACAGGUGACCACGGCGAUCCGGCCCGGACUGGUUCGAAUGCCCGUUCAAAAUCAAGGUCAACUAAAUAGUCCACAGCGUCCACAAAGUUUGCUCAGUCCUCAUAGACCCGUCGUCACGACUGUGGGAAGUUCCGUGGGCGUGUUCCCACAGACUGUCCAGACCCGCCCGCCCUCAACACCGGUUACAGCGGGUACUCCGCCCCGGAGCAUCACAGCCAUGAGUUCCCUCUCGUCCGGAACUCCACGACCGCCGGGAAUUUCUGCUCUAUCAGCCAUGCAGGCUCGGAGACCGCCUGCCGCCCAAGAGACCAGUAACCCAAUGUUCUUCGAUGAGAACCUGGACAAGAAAAGAAGAAUCGCUUAUCGAAACAAGCUUAAGCUUCUGGGUCGGGUCAACAACAUGCGAUGCGCUUCAGGACCCGUCUACGGACAGGACCUGAUCGAAGCCGUAUCCGUCAUGAACCUCGAAGAUAGGGUGCCUCCUCCGCCUCCGAAGCGAGUGGCUCCGCUCCAAACUCCCUAUCCCGACGAAGUGCCAGCGGACGCUAUCCACAGAAGCGCGUACGGCACUGGUGUGGGACACCUGUACACUCGGAACAUCCACUCGCAUACUUCUUGGUGGAGUGACACGAACGCUUUGAGGAGCCUCGUUCCCACGCCGGAAAGUCUUUGGAGCGAGUACGAGUUGGAGUGGAAAGAGUUCCUAUGCUUGCACCCAAGAGUUAGCGCCCCUCGAAUCUCCAUGCACGCCUCGCAUCCACCACCGCAUGUCGUCAACCAGUGGCAUUCGCUCGAAGCGAGGCUCAACUCCGAGCUGAAACCCAAAUUUGAUCUCCUCUCGAAAAUCGACCUUCAGCUGACGACCCAGUUUCCGGAUCGACGACUCAUCCAGUUCGAUUGCGGCAAGCUGCAAACUCUCGACAAACUUCUCGUCCAGCUCAAAUCCGGUCAGCAUCGCGUUCUGAUCUUCACCCAGAUGGCGCGUAUGCUGGACGUUCUCGAAGAGUUCCUCACGAUGCACGGGCACACCUACCUUCGGCUGGACGGAGCCACGGGCAUCGAACAGCGACAGGUCCUCGUCGAACGUUUCAACUCGGAUAAGCGGGUGUUCUGCUUUAUCCUGUCGACGAGAUCCGGUGGUGUCGGUUUGAAUUUGACGGGAGCGGACACGGUCGUUUUCUACGAUUCUGACUGGAACCCAACGAUGGACGCCCAAGCUCAGGACCGAUGUCAUCGUAUCGGUCAGACGCGCGAUGUGCACAUCUACCGACUCGUCAGUGAACGAACGAUCGAGGAGAACAUUUUGCGCAAAGCCAACCAGAAACGAAUGCUCGGAGAGCUCGCCAUCGAGGAAGGCAACUUCACAACGAGCUUCUUCAGAUCGAAUACCAUCAACGAUAUAUUCGAUGAAAAGCCUGCCGUCAAAAUGGAGGUUGACAAUGAGGCGCCCAUGUCAGCUGCCGACCUCAAGCGGGAGCAGGAAGAUUUCGAAAGAACUCUGGUCCAGGUUGAAGAGGAGACAGAUGUCACUGCGGCGCGAAUGGCUCGUGCCGAAGUCUCGGCUGAACUGGCAGAAUUCGACGAAAACAUACCCUACCAGGACAACAAGGGCAGUCUUCUGGAGGAGACCGAGGAAGAACGCAAACUGAUGAGUCAACUCAACAACAUCGAGAAAUACGCAUUAAGAUUCCUGGAAACCCAGCAUGACUUCAUCGACCUAAAGCAAGCCCAAGAAGAAGUCAAAGCCCAGAAGCGCGAAUGGAUGAUCAAAAGUCUUCAACACCAGAAAGAGCGGGAAGAAGCUCUCCGUGAGCCUCCACCGGUACUCAGCUACAAACGGCCUCACAGCCCCGAAGAGCUCUGGGCUCCACCGACGCCUCCCGCUGGAGACGACGAUGUCUAUGUCGAUGAAACGACCCGAUACCUUUAUGCCUCGAAACCGAUGGAAGAGACGGCGUUGCCUCCUGUCUAUGUGAGGAAAUCGUCCUCGAAGAGAAUGAGAACGGACGCGAAUCAAUCAUCAUUGCUUCGAAAGAUGAAGGCCAUACGCUCCGAGAGUCACGGCGGUCCGAAAUCACUUUUCGACCGACCGUCUCCUGGCUUGGUGAAAAUGCGCAAGGAGGCGAGACUGCUCAAGCUCAAAAGACAGGGUCACGGUGGUUCACUGCUUGGUCAGAGACCUGCACCUGGAACUCCUUCAGUGCCGUCUCUAGGACCUUCGGUGCCGCAGCUCCCUGGUCAAGUCGGCGCCGUUCAGCGAAAGCAGCAGCAACAGCAACUGCAGCUGCACGAACCGCAAACCACAGCAGAACCCAACCAGGUCGAAUGGACCGUCAACGAGGACUACGGACUCCUUCAGGUGUUCCAACAGUUGCAAGAGCUCCCCUUGUCCCUGACCGUGCUGAUGCCGGGUCACACUCCGAACCAAGACCUCCUUUCGGAUUAUAUAAAUUCGACGGUGUCGCGCGUAUAUCGGUCGCCGAAACUGUGCCGCAACCGUUUCGAAAACGUUCUGGCCCCCCGCGAAGAGGGCAGGCCUAACGCUCCGAUCGUCGCUUACGAUAAGAAGUCUGUCAAGAAAGCUCUAAAACAGAAGAGCGGAGGACGCCCGAUCAAAACAGCUCUACUCUUCGCCGCCGAUAAUAAUCAGUCGUUCACAAAUUUGUAUACCAGUCGCUUCGAUGCGAUUAGAACCGUGUCAGUGCACCGUACGCCGGCCAUGAAGCCUGUAUUCACUAACACGGCACAGUCCAAUGGACAAAACGUGAAAAACGCGGCAGUCCUGGCUGACCAUGGUUUGAAUUACGAUAACCCACUGAACCCAAUCGUUCUCGCGAAACAACGGGAGGAACGCAUCAAGAAGGAAAAGUCGAAACUAGCAGCAGCGCAGGCAGCUGGCAACGCGAGCACAACAUCUGCGUCCACGACAACUUCGACAACCACCUCGUCGCAGCCGUCCAGCACCGCGGCGAGUGCAACUGCGACGUCCGCGUCGAGCGCGGCCUCUGCCCUCAGCAAGGGCACGCAGCUCCAAUCCGGGAACGCAGCGACCACGACACCGAUUUCAUCAUCGACUUCGGCCAUAGCAACAAAUCCGUCAGCGUCGGUGACGACGUCAACGUCCUCGACGGCGGCCGCUUCGGUAACUUCAGCUGCACCGUCAGUGAUGGCCGUUGUCGGCGGAGGUCAUAUUGUCACCUCGGAAGCUCAGAAGAUCAUAAGCAGCUCCCAACCUCAGCCCAUCGUCGCGUCCUCGACCCCGAUUCGUACGACCCAACUGGUUGCUACGACUCCCGUCGUAUCCGUUACGAGCCUAUCACCGGCGCAGUUACAAGCAGCGACCCAACGUGGCAUCGCGAGUCGUAGCGUGACUCCGAGCCAACAGCUGCAGUACCAAGCCUUGAAACAUUCAUCGUUGAUUCGUCAACAGGGAGGACAGCCCGUCCGUAGUGCACCGGAACAGACGCAGAUAAAACGAGUUCAGCAGGUGGUGACCUCACAGGCCGUGAAGAUCACCUCGCAAGGGUCUGCUGGUGGCCAGUUAGUGACAACUCAGGCGGGCACCAAAAUCGGACAAGUCGUCAAUCCGGGAGUUAAAACCGGUGCUACAGCAAGAACAGUCGUCAACGAGAGUGAAUUGACUCAACUUCUCAAGAGAAAUCAAGCUGGCCAGCAGAAGAUUUUGGCUUCAGGUGCCACUCUCGUCAAACCAAGCGGAGUUCCUUUGCCUGUUUCGGCUGUAACCGUGACCGGAAUUACCCUGCCCGUUGCUGCAGCGACGGCAGCUGCCCAAGGGGCGAAGGGCACACCAUCCACGAGUGGCAACCAACACCAGAGGAUUCUCCUCCAACCGCAUCUGAUUAAAUCCAAACAGCCCCAGCAGUCGGCCAAAUCGGCCCCUGCGGGCGUGCAAACGACGACGGUCCAAAUUGUCCACCAGCAGCCGGGCAGUGCGAGCGGGCAGAGUCAGAACGCCCCGAUGAAGUCGGUGGCCGUAUCGCACCUCCUCAAACAAAUUAUACCCGGCCAGCAAUCUGCGAAUUUCGUCCUGGCCACAACAACGUCCGCCGGCAGUACUCCCGGUACGAUCAACACUCAAAACGCACAGGCCUCUCACACGCAACUGUUGACGGCGCUUCAGCAGGGCGCCAAGCCAACGAUGGCUACGGUGACGUUGGGGCCAUCUUCGAGCGGAGCUUCCGGUACGAGGAUCCUAACCGUACAACCACAAUCGAAAACCGUUCUAGCCAAGCCGCACGGAGACACAGCCGUUCUCCAGAUUCCAGUCUCUUCUGGUCCGCCCAUUAGCGCCACGAUGCAAGCAGUCCAAGCCGCGCUCCAAGUCGCUCGCGCUCAGCAAGUCGCGGCCGUUGCUCAGGGAAAAACGCCGCAGAGCCUUCCUUAUACCAUGCGGAUCAGACACAGUGGUCCUGCGCCUCAAACUCAGCAACAGCAGAGCCAGCAGACAGUCCAGCAGCAGCAGCAGCAACAACAGCAGCAGCAGCAGCAACAAGCUCCUAAACCACAGCAGCUUCAACUCCAACCCCAACAGAUUCAACAACAGCAACUCCACUUACAGACCCAGCAACAACAAUUGACUCAACAACAGAUCCAGCCUCAGAAUCAGCAACAGCAACUCCAAUUGCAACAACAUACAACAACAACCACAACGUCCAUAGCCACCGCCGCAGCGGGGGCGGCGGCGGCGACGACCAGCACCGCGAAUUCACAACAGAACACACAGUCGAUCAAGACCCAGAUCAAUAUUCCUCAGACCGCCCUGCAGUCCCAGCUGCAGCCUCAACCGCAGUUGCAGCAACAGCUGCAGCGGCAAAGCCUCCAACAAGCUCAGCAGCUGCAGCAACAAUCUCAGCAGAUCACACAACAAAUUCAACAACAACAACAAUCAAAUCUCAUUCAACAACAGCAGCAAGCUGGCCAAUCAACACAUCAACAGCACGCCAUACAACAAAGCCCGCAGCAACAAACUCAACCAACUCAACAGCUUCAGCAGCUUAUCGUCCACCAACAAACGAUCACAACAUCGGCUAGUGGUCAGAGCUCGACUUUGAUCCCUGCAGCAAUCGCCACAACCAUUAGACCUACUCAGAUACAGACUUCGCAAUUAACUCCGGUGGCCGUUGUGCAAUCGCAACUUCAGGCCCCUCAGUCGCAAAGUCAGCAGCAGCAGCAGCAACAACAACAACAGGCGGUUCUGCAGCAGGCGAAUUCGCAGACCACGACGCCGACCACUUCACAAGCUCAGAAUGUCCCCAGUCAGGCGAGUCAAGUAACGAACCCAAACAAGCAAAACGCUCAACAGCAGUAG